AGAAUGGCGGUGAUAUGAACAAUUCCUAAAUUCAAAGUACUAAAAAACCAAUGAAAAUGGCGCCACAAUUUCUAAAUACUUAAGCAACGCUUUGUUUUCUCUCAUUCUUCCCUCAAACAUUUCCCACUUCUCACUAUUCAACUCAUCCUUCUUUCCCCAAUCACUCAAAUUUUUCUUGAUUUUUCUCAGAGAUAGCACAGAAAUUACAAUAAUGGAGGUGAGGACAGUGACGCCAGAUGCAAUAUCAAAGAUAAUUGCAAACCCUUCUCCAGAUUUUUCUGUUGAGCGUCCUGAUCUUGUUGUUCAAGUUCUUGAUUUGAAGUCUGUUGGCAACCGAUUUAUGCUGACUGCCUCCGAUGGGAAGCAAAAGAUUAAAGGAAUUCUGCAGUCAAGCUUUUCAGACAUGGUUUCUUCCGGGUCAAUUCAGAAUUUGGGUCUUAUUCGAAUUCUUGAAUACACACUCAAUGACAUUCCAAACAAACCAGAAAAGUAUUUGCUCAUAACUAAGUGUGAGGCUGUGUCGCCUGCCCUUGAGGCAGAGGUGAAAUCUGAGGAUUCUGGUGUUGUUUUAAAGCCACACCAAGAUGUUGUGAAAGCUGAAUCCAAUAGUGAAGUUUCUGGUUUAGUGCUUAAACCCAAGCAGGAAAUUGUUGCGAAAUCAGCUGCACAGAUCAUUCAUGAGCAAAGAGGAAAUGAGGCACCAGCUGCAAGAAUGGCAAUGACCAGGAGAGUUCUCCCUUUAGCUUCUUUAAACCCUUACCAAGGGAAUUGGACCAUUAAGGUUCGAGUUACCAGCAAGGGGAACUUAAGAAGCUUUAGGAAUGCAAGAGGAGAGGGAAAUGUCUUCAAUGUUGAGUUAACCGAUGAAGAUGGUACUCAAAUACAAGCAACAAUGUUCAAUGAAGCUGCUAGGAUGUUCUUUGACAAGUUUCAAGUCGGGAAAGUUUUCUACAUUUCAAAGGGAUUUCUGAAAGUGGCAAAUAAACAGUAUAAGACUGUACAAAAUGACUAUGAAAUGACCCUCAAUGAGAAUUCUGUAGUUGAGGAAGCUAGUGAUGAAGGGGUAUUUAUCCCUGAAACAAAGUUCAAUUUUGUCCCAAUUGAUCAGUUGGGCUUAUAUGUGAAUGGAAAGGAAUUUGUAGAUGUCAUUGGAGUCGUUAAAAAUGUGUCUGAGACAAUGAGUAUCAGGAGGAAAAUCAAUAAUGAGAUGAUUCCAAGGCGCAAUAUCACUAUUGCUGAUGAAUCGAAGAAAACUGUGGUAGUUUCUUUAUGGAAUGAGCAUGCUACAACACUUGGCCAAGAAUUGUUGGAUAUGGCUGAUAAAUCCCCUGUUAUUGCCAUUAAAACUGUCAAAGUUGGAGACUUCCAGGGUGUGUCACUGUCAGCAAUAAGCAAAUCCAUUGCUAAAAUCAAUCCUGAUAUACCCGAAUCAAAAAAGUUGAAGUCGUGGUAUGAAUCAGAAGGUAAAGAAGCCUCGAUGGCUUCAGUGGGUGCUGGUAUGACCCCUUCUAAUAGCGGAGGGCGAUCAAUGUAUACCGAUAGAGUCUCCAUUUCACAUAUCACAAGCAGCCCAUCUCUUGGUGAAGAUAAGCCUGUGUUUUUCAACAUAAAAGCUUGUAUAAGCUUGAUUAAGGCUGAUCAGGCUUUGUGGUAUCGUGCCUGUAAGACGUGCAACAAGAAGGUGACUGAAGCUAUUGGAUCUGGGUACUGGUGUGAAGGGUGCCAGAAGAAUGAAGCAGAAUGCAACUUAAGAUACGUGUUGAACGCAAAAAUAUCAGAUGCAAGUGGUGAAGCAUGGGUUUCAACCUUCAAUGAACAAGCAGAGAAACUUAUCGGCUGCUCUGCUGAUGAGCUUGACAAAUUAAAAUCACAGGACGGAGAAGAAAAUCUAUACCAAAUGAAACUAAAGGAAGCUGCAUGGGUACCUCAUAUCUUCAGAGUAAGCGUUUCUCAACAAGAGUACAUGAACGAGAAAAGACAAAGGAUAACUGUUAGGGCUGUUGCACAGCUUGAUUGUGCAGCUGAAACAAGUUAUCUGCUGGCUGAGAUUGCAAAAAUGAAAGUCUCUCAGUAAUUAACUUAUGUGAACAUUAGAAGUAACCAGUAGGCAGUAGAUUAUGUUAAGAGUUCAUUUGCUGGGGGUAGGAUUUGAUCUUUUUGUGAAUCUGAUACAAUUAUCCAAUCAAACUGAAGUAUUUGCGUUUAUUGUAAUACUCAUAUAUUAGUAUGCAUUACAAAAUUCAGCAACUUAUGCUGAUCUUGCAAUUAUAGGUCAUAAUUAAUCUUUUAUU